UCACUAGAGGGUUCAUACCUUCGCUGUCAGCUGCGUGGCGCUUCUAUAGCCCGCUGUUCUUCCACGCUGAAGCGGCGUGUGUGUCUACGGUUUUUCUAAGGCGGGCUAAGCUGACUCUUUCGAAGGCUAUCGAGAUACCACACAUAGUCCCGUUGUGUUCAUAGUUGCACUUUGUACUACACAUUCAAUUAAACACCCACAUCCUUUACCGAACUCGCCCUUGCAUCAUCCGUAGAUGUAUUGCUUGGAGUUCACUGGCGGAAAGAAAUGCAAGCACUAAUUUUUUUGCUCAGUGAACCUUCGCGCGGGAGUCUCGGCUGCUCCCUUCAACCCCCGUGCUUGAGCUGAAUUAGCGAAGAUGACGCGUGGGAGGGACGCGAGUCACGAGGCGGGGAAGGCCGAGCCAUUUUUUGCCCUCUUCUAGAGGGUCGAUGGCUGCAAAGGAGUUUCUUUCCAACUGUGGACCUUUUGACGUGUUUACGCGCUUCUCGGAUCUUCGCUGCUCGAGUUUCAAGCUGCCGGUCAACUCGCCGCGCCAUCCAAAAACCCGGCGCCGAGAUAAUGCCCCAAAAGAAACCUUUUCUUGCUUUUGUAAACGCACUGGACGGCUUGGUUUUCGUCUCUUCUCUCUUGAUUUGUUGGAGUCUUCCUCUUGACGCAGUUUUCUUCGGCUAGUUUUUUGUCCUCUUCGCUCGAUUUCACACCAGUGCAACUAUCACUGCUCCUCCCCGCUCGGCUGCCUGCAGCGACACUUGGCGUGAGGUCGCAUGUGAAUUUCCAUUCUAUUUUGUGGUUUGAUCCAAAGAUGUCCACCCUCUUUGUGAUGUACAGGUGAAGGCGGUCCGCGUUCGCCAAGAUGUCUGGGAACUAGGUCGUCCUCGUUUCGCAGGUCUCAUCUCCAGUGGUCGAAAAGGGAACUUGACUGCCCACUGAGCGCUCGUUGGGUAGUUGUGCUCUAGUCGCUCCUUUGCGAAAAGCUCUCAUCCGCUGCGUCUGUUCUGGCUCUUGUGUAGAUAAACAUAAACAAAAGGGAAUGAUGUACCAACACCGGUUCACAAACCACCACGCCUGAUUCUACUGGUCUUUGAAACUUCGUAUGGCAGCCUACCCCUUCGCAACGCCUACUCUCUUCGUAUUUCGCUUGUGACAUGUGGCACGUUUGGUUCGAACCGAGCCGAGACGCUUGUCUAUUGUCCAUUCGUGUGUUCUUUCAUGGCGGCGCAUAAGGGACUCAUCGCUUCGUAGAGGGAGUUUAUGUCAAAUUUGGUUUGCAAGCCGCUCCCCGGACUCCCAUUUCCUCACCACACCUCUGGUCGCUUGACUCGUUCAACCACACAAAACGCGCAAGACAAAAAGCUGUCCGCGAAGCACAUCGUCAGCCUUCCAAAGAGAGCUGACAAGAGAAGGCUCCCAUGGCAUGUGCAUCUGCGUGUCUAGUAUAUGUAUUCGGCUCUCCGAGAAGCUGUAUCUCACUAUGGCGAACUCAGGUCGCCGGCGUCCUCCACCUCUAGAACUAGGGGAUUUCCGUAGUCGCAUUCGUCGGGACUUAUCUCCACGCAAAUCCCCCUGCUCGACUUCCAGCAAUGCAGAGCUUUCGUCGCGUCUUCGAGAACUUGACCCACGACUACCCGAAGUCACUUCCGAGCGCGCGGGUGGGUCACCGGACGAGAUAGGCUCUGGCCUCACUUCUGCCCAGUUUCGAGUGUCGACUCGUCUCUGCGAGUCGGUCCUCACUCCCGACGUAUCUGCUUCUCCAGAGACAGCAGGGAAGCCGGAGUUUCCCUCGCUUCUACGGAGUUCGACGUCCCGUUUCUCGAUGAAGCGUCUGUCGCUCUGGGCUUUCGAAACGUACAAUUUUUUCACGACUCGCUGUCUGCUUCCGAUCCGUCUCUACGCAGCGAAUCGUCAGGCUCUUCUUCUGUACGCAUUUUUGGUUUUUGGUCGCAUCGUCGAGUUCAUUUUCCACUUUGCUGCCUGCGUCGUCCCAGCGUUCUUCUAUGUCUUCUUCGCCAUGUUUCUCAACUUGGUCACGGUGUCACCUCACUUCACCGCGUCUCCGUCGACCCCCGGUCGCGCGGCCAGCCCGAGCCUGAGCGAAGGAGACGUCGCUGCGAGUCAGCUCGACGCGGCCGUGGACAGCCUCGUCUGGAACGCGUCGCGUUCCACAGUCAAGUCUCAUCUCUCGGGUGUCUUGCGCGUCGCGUCCGACUCCACUUCCCCCACGGCCGCGAGCAGCGCAGGAGCUGGAGUGGCGCUCUCGGCUGGAGCUGGAGCUUCCUUCUCCGACAUGCCCCCACGGGUCUUCCAGCGCUCCGUCGGCGGCCCGAUGCCUGGCGGCCUACCCGUCCCUCGUGCCGGAGGUGAGAGACGAGAGGGUGGAACUGCGAACUCUGCAGCAGGGACGCCCUUCGGGACGCAAGCACCCCCCGGACGUGGCGAGGAAGCGACGCUGUCAUCGAUUGGGUUGACCUACGUCUACUUCGUGAUUUCGCAGGUCUGCCGCGGCUUGCUCCUCGAAGUCCCCCUGUACACGUUCUCUCUCUACUUUGCGCAACUGCUUCACAUGCAGUCCCUGACUUUCUCUCUCUCGCCUCAGUGCCGCCAGGCAGCCGAAAUCUCAGCCGCGUACUACAACCAAAGUCCCCGAGCCGUCACUGGCGUGUCCACCAAUCAGAGGAGCGCCGCGGCCAUCUCGCUGGCCCCAGCGGCUCCAGCUGCAGGGGCAGUGGAGGAAGACCCACGGGUGGAGACACGAGACGAAGGCCGAGAGCAGGUAAGGGAGGGGCGAGGAGCGGAGGACCGGCCGCGGGGUCGCUCGGGGGGGGAUAGACCCGGGAACCGCCUUCAGCUUGGCGAGUCGGCAGCCGACGCAGAGCCGCGUCUUCGAGAGCCUCGGGAGGAGGUCGCGCGGGAUGGUGAAGGACGGCGACCGGCGUCACCACGUGCGGAAGGAAUCGAAGAAUGGCAGAGCGCGCCAGGUGGAGGAACUCCGAUCAAGGGAAACAAAAGGGAAGGACGCGCGGUCACAGAUGAAGACGAGACGUCAGCUGUGGUCUCCUCAUCUCUUCAGACGCUGGCGCAGGGACCGCGAAACGCACUCCGAAGCAGGAGGCCUGUGUGGGAACGCACUCACUGUUUGCCCCGAGCGGGGGAAGGGCUCGAUGGUGGAGGUUCUCGGUCUUGCCCCUCUCCAGGUGCGUUUCCACUUUCAAGGAACCAACCGGUGGCCUUCACUCCAGCCUCAGACUCGGUCAACGGAGCGGCCCGGGAAAUUGGCAGCGGUGAAAGAGAGAGGCUUCGUUCCAGCGACGCGGAGACUCCGUCGUGUUCGAGAGACACACGAGGCAGUUCGUCCGACCGCACGGGCGUGCUUCCCGCCGAGGACGACGUACGGGAGCCGGGGCGAGUCAGCGGUGACAGCAGCGCAGAACCACCGCGGCCGGCCGAGAUGGGUGAGACGAGGGAGCCGUCUGAUCAAGAGGGAGAAGAGCGAAUCUCGCCUUCUGAGCAGCGCCUCUUCUUCGUGCCCGUCGCGGCAGUGCGUUUCUUCGUCCGGCUAAUGGCGCUCGUAGGAGUCAGCCGGCUAGUCCGGGCGAGAGGAUCGAGUGAAACAAGAGAACGAGCGCGACGACGCUCUUCACAAAUACCUCCAGACGCCAAUGUGCCUCCCAGGGGGAACGUCCUCGCGGGAGCGUUGCCAGUUCGUGUCCGCCGAGAACCAGCAGCCGAGUCUUUGGGGAGAGAUGCUCGAAAUAGUAGAGAGACAGCUUGUCGAGAUCUAGGUCGCAUCGUUACAGUCCUCAAUACCCUACAUCGGUGGAGAGAGGGAACGUGGAAGGGGUCCCGACGGCGUCUGGCUCCGUGUCUCGGCAAAAUCGGUGAACUCCUCAAUCGCAUCAGGGCCGUGUGGAGGCGUGCGUCCGGCGGUCGGUUACGUUGCCACGAGCUUCUGCGCCAGAUGCAUCCGUAUCGCCUUCUGUCAGUGUCCCCACUCGUCUUCUUCCCAAGCGCCUCUCAGCGACUUUUCUUCACCACGUUCUUCUUCUGGCUUCUCCGGUGCAUCUACGAAGACGGCGCCGAAGACGCUGUGGCCGAGGACGCGUGGACGUUCCUGGUUAGCGGGGGGAAUGUCGUCAACGUGGCGGCCUCGUUCAACAACUACAGUGCCGCCCGACUGGCAGGCCUCAGCCCCCGGUACUACAGCGCCUUCUCCUCCUACCUGCGAAACGACGCUGCGAGAGAAGCCGCGAAAAUGAGACCGACUUUAACGCACCCCUUUGUUACCGGAUUCGCGGGGCCAUUUGGGGGAAUGCGGUCCUUCUCGCUCGCCCGACAGUGGACCGUGUGGUGGGCCUUAGUUCUUCUUGGGAUGCUCUUCAUCUCCUACAGCCUCCUGGCUGUGUUCAGCGCCUUCGGCGUUCUGCCCUGGCAGCUUCUGCACUCUCUUCUCGUUCUCCGCCACACGCGUGUCGCCACUUAUGCGCAGCGUAGGGAGCGGGAGACGAGGGAGAGACGAGAGAAGCGACGGAAGCAGUGGGAGGCGCUCCACGAAAGCCAGGCGGCCUGCGAACAGGGUGCAGUGACGAGACCAGGCAGCGCCGCAGAGGUGAGAGAAGACGAACCUGGAGGCGAAGUUCCCCUCGAUUGGACAGAGCACGGGGGGAUUCGACGCAGACGGUACGCCCUCUGGACAAGCCCUAAUCACAAAGAUGCGGGGGUAUUUACUUUUGGAGACGACGAAGAGGAAGAAGAGAUCUGCAUUUUCUGCUUCGAGGUGUUCAAGUCCGAGGACAUUCUCCGCGUCGUCAACAGCUGCGGCCACAAGUUCCACCGCCAUUGUGUGGAUGUGUGGCUUUUCAAGCGUCAGAAAGAAACAUGCCCCAUGUGCGGGCAGCUCCGGAGCCCUAGGCUAGCCAAAUGAAGGCGCAACUGCGUACGUCUUCACAGCAAGACUCCAGGCGGAGUUCAGAGAAGUGUGAGGUCCAUGGCAGGCGAGGGGACGGGGACAACGUGGAGGGAUGCGUGAAAAUGGCAAAAAACGGAACGGCAUGCGUUCUGCCACGCGAGAUGGUAGCCGUCUCGUCUCGCGUCGCAUUUCCACGAGCCCUCCAAUGGUGGGAGGCGUCAGUCUUGCCUCCUCUGCAUCGUUUGUCAUGCAUAAAAUAAACGAGUGGUGGUGGAUUGGGGGACACCGACGUCCUCGGUAACGUGGAUAGCGUCAUCAAUGGCCGACGCGAUGGAGAUCAUCCACCCAAGCCGAGUUCGGUCUUCUAAUCUUUACUAGUGACUAUAGAGAUUGAGAGAAUAUCCACAGGUAGAAUGAAACAGACUGGCGCGGCAGAGAGUGUAAUGCGUUUUAUGUUCGGCGUACCGUACACUGCAGACCCAUGUAGGGGGGUGCCUGAAGAGAGACAGAGGUCGCUGCUUUCUAACAAGCAACGAACACGCGCGUGCAUCACGGGACACCCUCAGUUUGUCUCUUUUUAUCACGAAAAAGAAAGAAUACGAGAGGAUAAGCGGGCACGACGCUCGCUGAACAGGACGUUUUAGGCUUUCUUACAUUUAAUGUGUGCACGAUCAAUCAACCGUUUCCUUCACUGCGGCAGACGUCCUUCCUGUAACAGCAGCAAACAGCGAGGACGCUCAACAAGGUGGGCACACCCUGAUUUGAUAGAAGCAGUUUUGCUUUGCGCGUUUUCCUCCGGACUGCAUCACGAUUUGAUGAGCUCAUCCGCUCCCCGUGUUGAGCCUCCUGUGUUUUUCCAAUCAAGUUCAGACUACCACGUGUGAACGGAAAGUUUUUAGGCAUGAAAUGAAGCUGAGACGCCUUCGUUUUGCACACUUCCGGGUGGGACUGCUUUCCGGGCUGGCGUGCGUCUUCUGGAAAAAGGGUGGCGGUUCUCGGAGUGAUCCAGGCUCAGGGGUACAUGGGAUGCAGCGCUUUUGUUUCGGGAACCCGCAAGAGUAUUGAAAUGAAGAUAGUUGAUUGUUCACUCGUCCUAUUCUCGAUGGAACAGAUGAGAAGCGUGCAUGGUCUCGCUGCGGAGCUGUGUAGCUUUUUGAGUUUGUCGAAUGUGACCUAUCGUCGUGGUUGCUAUAGGGAUAUGACGGACCUCGCCUCCGCAGUGGCCUGGCCUCCAGCCACGAGUGCAGGCGGCCGCCACGCGAGUCUUUUGUUUUGACUGUGGAGUUAAAAAGGGAAAUUAUUCAUGAGUGCCGUCUAAAACCAUUGAGUGAUAACUCAUUUUCCUCCUGCAGAAGAGUGAUGGCGAAGGCCGGUCAUGUGUUCUCCGUACCUUGAGUAUCCAUCGAAGCUCCCUGUCGGUGGGGAGCGUGGAGACGGUUAGCAAGUUUGAAAUUAAUUACACACAUCGUCAACGACCGUGCAAGAUACACAGUUGUGGUGAUAUUUAACAGACUGGCGGUCAUCCUUCACGGAAUUGUUUUGCUGUUUGAGAGAUCGUCCGCAUCUUGACGGCCCGCUGCCAGAACAUGACGUAAGUACUGUUGCACGCACGGUUGUCUGCCACAAGAGUCUACAGCAUCUAUCCAACAGAGAAUCAGCUUUUUCUUGUAGUCCAGUCCCUCGAAGCCGAUGUGUUUCGAUGUGGUUUUGGCGUGACAUUCACUACGCCAGUGGUGUGUGACUGUCAUGCUGCACCAUAAUUACGGCGUACGGACAUCCACUACCGGCUAAUGGUGGCAGAUCACAUACGAAUCCGGAACGUCCUAUACACGGCAUGAGGGUUUCUUCUAGCGUCUGCAAUUCCUGAAGGGUGAAGAACGUUCGUGCCCAGCUGCCAAAGAUAUCUGGAAUCUCUGAUCAAACGCUCGCUAAGAUUGUAGCGUUCUAAUCACUAAUACC